AUGCUCUACCUCGUGGGACUUGGUCUCGCUGACGAGACUGAUAUUACUGUUAAGGGUUUAGAGAUUGUUAAAAAUGCCGAACGAGUCUAUCUCGAGGCUUAUACGAGCAUUCUACUCGUUGAUACAUCCAAGCUGGAGGAAUUCUAUGGAAGACCAGUGAUUGUAGCGGAUCGUGAGAUGGUCGAGUCUAGCAGUGAUGAGAUUCUGCAUAACGCGGAUAAAGUAGACGUUGCCUUCCUUGUUGUGGGCGACCCGUUCGGAGCGACCACACAUACCGAUCUAGUUCUCCGUGCCCAUGAGCUAGGGAUCGAGAUGAGGAAUGUCCCCAAUGCCUCUAUAAUGUCUGCUAUCGGCUGCACGGGUCUGCAACUCUAUAGCUUUGGUCAAACUGUCAGCAUGGUGUUCUUUACCGAAACCUGGAAGCCAUCAUCUUACUACGAUCGAAUCAAGCAGAACGCUGAACAUGGCCUGCACACCCUCGUCCUUCUAGACAUCAAAGUGAAGGAACAGUCGCUAGAAAACAUGGCGAGAGGAAGAAAGAUAUACGAACCCCCGAGGUAUAUGACCGUUGCGCAAUGUGCAAGCCAAAUGCUUGAGACCGAAGCGGAGAGGCAGGAGGGGAUUUGUGGACCAGAGAGCUUAGCCAUAGGUGCAGCCAGAGUGGGCGCCGUAGAUCAGCAACUUGCUGUCGGCACUCUCGAAGAGCUUACCAAGAUCGACAUGGGAAAACCCUUACAUUCCUUGGUUCUCCUGGGUACAAAAACCCACGAACUAGAACGGGACUACGUCCGCCGUUUUGCUAUAAACACGACCACGUUCGACGAGAUCUGGAAGAAGCAUUAUGAAGCCAAACCAUAA